UAGUUUUAAGGCCCAGAGAAUUAACAUGUAUGAAGUAACCAGAGAGGGGAGAGGUGACGAGGAUGGAAACUGACGCGGAGCCGAUGGAGUUGGGGGUGAAGGUCGAACCUACCUCUUUCACAGAAACAAUCAUACGCCGCUUCGUACCAAAACUGGAAGAAGGCUGGCCGGAUGCGGAAUCCGCUCUAGCUGAGCAUGGAAUUUCUGUGUUGCUGAAUCUGGAUGAGGGUUACAUAACAGUGUCGACAAGAACAAGGACAAAGGAUCCAGAUAUCAUUGACAGGGCAAGGACUGCGUUAUACUUCUCUCUCAAACCAGAGUUCCACCAUAUAUGGCAAUAAGAGUACUGAAGGGGGAGCUGCAUUAUGAUAACAUCAAGACUGAGUACCAAGAAGGAGCGUUUUGUUAAACAACGGCAACGUCUUGGUGAACACUUGAAGGUGUGUAAAGUGACACAGCUCAUGUCUUCCUAACCUUCAUAUUUGUGCUCUUCUGCUAUAUUAGCCACACGUUAAUAUUCAGACGAAAGAACAAAGGAUUUGAUUCUUAGGUUUCCGGACAAUUGAAGAGAUUGAGAAGUAACCCAACUUGGCAACAUUGACGAGAGGGGAAGAGUUGAAGUUCUCUUGAACACAAUCCUCAUUUGGCUCACCUCGUAGUGUGUUGGUACAAGCAUCGUCCUUACUUGGUAAACAAGCUGCUGCACUGAAUCGAUACAUUGUCACCGACCCAGAGUUCUUGUUCCAAUUUUUCGGGAAGUCUGGUAUGAACAUUCUUACAAAAUUUAUUUUCUGCUUCGGUGUCGACAACUACAAGAACAAAGGAUCCAGAUAUCAUUAACAGGGCUAGGGACUGCAUUAUACUUCUUUCUCAAACUAGAGUUCUACCAUAUAUGGCAAUAAGAGUACUGAAUGACGAACUGCAUUAUGAUCACAUGAAGACUGGGUACCAAGAAGGUGGCCUUGCCGCUAGACAUGGAAUCAAUCAGGUGGUGACCCUCGACUCCUUGAACUUGAGCUAUAUAUAGACAAGGAUAGCGAUUAAAACUCGCUGUAAGCAUCAAGAUGAUGGAGUUUUGGAAUGGACUCUAAACUCGAAAUUUAUAUUUCACAACCCCGUUCUCCUGGUCAGCAGUUGAGUACCAGUUCGCGCCGAUCACUCGUCUUCGUUCAACUCGAUAGCUCUGCUCUUCAGUCUUCACCCGAUCAACCUCAGUGAACUGAACUAUACUGGUGGUUGGUCUCGCCGCACAGGUUUCCGUCAAAAACUCCGUGAUUUAGUAGCAAUAGAAAGCGAAGAUGCCCCGUAGGCCGACAAGGCGUCGGGGAUUGAUGAAAUCACGUCCCUCUUUCUUUUCCCAGUUUUCUCGUCAGGCUGCUAGGGUUGCCUCUGUCUUUUCUGCCAAGCGUCGAAUGCAUACGGAAGAAGUCCUUCAUAAAUCACCAUCAAGCUCCGGAGGUGAUAAAUCAGUAAAGAAUGAUUUCAAAGUCAAGAAUGAGCAGUUGGAAUCUUCCGAAGAUGAAGAGUUUGAUGGAAAUGUUCAAGUAGAUUUUGCAUUCUUUGAUCCAAAAGCCGAUGACUUUCAUGGAGUGAAGACCUUGCUGCAGACCUACCUUGAUGGUGAAGAGUGGGAUUUGAGUGGUUUCGUAGACUUAAUAUUGGAACAGACCACUGUAGGGUCUGUCGUGAAAAUAGAGGAUGAUGAAGAUAAUGGAAUAUUUGGUCUUGUUACCGUCCUUAACCUGGGGAGAUACAAGGACCAUAAAUGUAUGAAAGAAAUUCAGAAGUUUCUCUUGAAAGUUUCUCAGAAGGAUGUAAUAGAGGACCUGAGAUCACUUUUGGGUAAGGAAGCAAAAAGUGUCGGUCUUUUGGUCUCUCAACGUGUGACAAACUUACCUCCCCAGCUCUUGCCACCUCUUUAUGAAGGUCUCUUUAACGAAGUCUCGUGGGCUACAGAAGAUGAGCCAACAGAGGAGCUCAAAAAAUCCUUUCGGUUUAAGUGUUAUAUACUAGUCACCAAAUUUUACAAGCAAAAAAAUGCUGACCAGAAAAGGAAGCAGAAUGAUAAUGAAGAGGCAAUAAUAUAUGUAAAGCCAGAAGAUGAAUUGUUUCAUAAGCUCAGCACCUGGUCCUCUGAAUUUUCUUUGAAGACUCCGCAGAUUGCACCUCAUGAGCUAAGAAACUAUCAGCAAAUGGGGUUAGUAAUGGCUGUCAAAGCAGACAAGAUCUCUACAUUCCAACAACAGCUGCAAUCUUUAAUACAGGAACCUUGAAUCUCAUUGAAAGGUCCCAAAUUUUAAUUUCCUUUUUGCCGGUGCCUGAAUAAUAGAGGGAGCUAGAGGCAAAUGCAUAUUACAACCUUCACGUGGUGAGGAUCUAAGAACCAUUCGUUUUGUCCCAAACGGUCCCUCCCCUCAUAAGAUUCAUCGAGAGAAAAUGAAGUCUCUAAUGAAAGUUACAGACGUGUAUGGAGCAACGUGGCGUGGACCAUCAUUCUUGCUCUUAUCUUGGAGAUUUUAUAUGAACCAGUUAGGAAAAACUUCUGUAUGAGUGAAGAAGAGUUGCGAAUUUACGCAAGACACCAAAGAAAAGUACCAUCGUCUUCUAUUAUUUGGUCUUAUAAUUGUGUGGCGGUAAGAACAAUAUGAAUAGAAUUUGUUCUUUUCACGUUGACAAGUUCUUUGAAAUUCCUUAAACUUAAAACAAUUAACUACAUGCAUAAUUUAGUCGAUGCUUUCUGUCC